AUGCCUUGCAAGUCCAAUUGGCAGAAGCUCCUAGAGGGUGUCAAGACAGCACUCACCGCAUGCCUUUGGAAGAUGAAAAUAGCAGAACAGAAAUCCAGGGCUAUCCAAACAAACCCAACACAUCAGCUCAGCUUCAAUCUUCUGAUCACCGCAAUCCUCCUGAUGAAGAAACUGCUCUCGAGUGACCUCCUCCUCAUCAAUCUCAAUCUUGCUCUAGUCUGCUUUCAGCUGAGGAAGUCGGCAAUCACCCUUCAUGCAAUCAUGGCCAAGAACAAGUUGAAUGGUUGGAGCAAGCAAGUUUUGAUAAUGCUCAAUUUGAUAGAUGAGGUAUCUUUGGCCCAAUACGCAGUCCCCAGGAUCCGUCGGCCCCGAAUUGCCACCAUAUCAAAAACUUACAAGGUCCUGAUGGAAACAACUGAGGAUGUAUUCAUGAUAUGCGUUUGUCAUUUUCUGAUACUGCUGAGCACGGGUUGUUGCUGA